ACAACACACCACCCGCUGUCACCUACCACCCUUAGCUGUAGGAUGGCACCUAAUGCGAAGAGGCUCAAGACAGAGGGCGCCCCCCCGGCGGGAGUCGUCGUCUGCGACAACUUGAUCGGCGGAGAGAGCACCCCCCCGCUUUCCGGAACCUACCUGGAUGUAGUGUCCCCAUCAGAUGGCACCGUCCUCGGAAGAGUCGCCAUGUCGGGGCAGAAGGAGGUCGAGGUCGCAGCGGCCCGUGCGGAGGAGGCCUUCGUGGGGUGGAGCGGCAUGACGGCCAAGAGCCGCGCGGCCAUCAUGUUCCGGUUCCACUCCCUCCUAGAGAUGCAUGCCGACGAGCUGGCGGACCUUGUCGUGGCGGAGAACGGCAAGAACAAGGCGGAGGCGCUGGCGUCUGUGGCCAAGGGGAACGAGACUGUCGAGUGGGCGUGCUCCAUGCCUCAGCUCAUGCAGGGGAAGAUCCUCCAAGUUAGCCGGGGCAUCGAGUGCCGGGACCUGAGGGAGCCGCUGGGGGUCGUCGCCUGCUUAGUGCCGUUCAACUUUCCCAUCAUGGUGCCCAUGUGGACGGUGCCGAUCGCCCUGACGGCAGGCAACUGCGUGAUACUGAAGCCCUCGGAGAAGGUUCCGCUGACCAUGCGGAAGGUCGGACAGCUGCUCGGGGAGGCCGGACUGCCUCCAGGGGUUUUCCAGAUCGUGAAUGGCGGCAAGGAGGCCGCGGAGGCUUUGUGCGACGCCGAGGCGGUCAAGGCCCUGACGUUCGUGGGGAGCAGCGGCGUGGCCAAGUCCGUGGCGGCGCGCUGCCACGCGGUCAACAAGCGGGUGCUGGCGCUUGGCGGCGCGGAGAACCACCUCAUCGCUCUCCCGGACUGCGACCAUGAGGCAGCUGCUCACGACAUCGUGGCGUCCUUCGCGGGUUGCGCUGGGCAACGGUGCAUGGCAGCGAGUGUGCUCGUUCUUGUCGGCGACACGGGAGACCUCCUCGACAGGGUCAUUCAGAAGUCCAAGGCUCUCGAGCCCGGCACCGAAGCGGGCAAGGUCGGGCCCGUGAUCAGCACAGCUUCACGGGACCACAUCGUCGGACGCAUCGGCGCGGCGGAGGCGGAGGGGGGGGAGGUGGUCGUUGACGGGAGGGGCUGGGCGGAGCGGAGGCCGGGCACGUGGGUAGGCCCCACGGUGAUCGUCAAGAGCCGCAACGGCAACAAAGGCGACGGCAAGUCGGAAGAGAUCUUCGGGCCGGUCCUGAUGGUGGUCAAGGUGGACACGUGGCAGGAGGCCCUGGCGGUGGAAAACGCGUCUCCCUUCGGGAACGCCGCCUCGGUGUACACGUCGUCUGGGCCGGCGGCGGACUACUUCCAGACCCGCUUCCGGGCGGGCAUGAUAGGGGUAAACGUGGGCAUCCCCGUUCCGCGCGAGCCUUUCGCCUUCGGGGGAUUGUCAGGGACGCUGAGCAAGUACGGCGACUUCGACGUCACUGCGGAGGGGGCGAUGGAGUUCUUCACCAACCGCCGAAAGAUCACGACGAAGUGGGCGUUGCCGAAGGAGGCUACGAUGACCGCGGCGGCGGCGGCAGGAGGCGGGGCUGGUGGCAAGACCGACACGGCCAACUUCGUCGGGCAGAUGUGAUUUUGCACUCAAGGAUGGGCCUGUUGGUCUUUUGUUUGGUUGGAGAGUUGUUAACAAGAUGGCCGUCGCGCACGCUAGCACGCGCCUACCUAGAGAUGUAAGGCGCGUUCUAAAUAGUGUGCGAUUUCUCUCUGGUACGUUUUUUUUUUCUCUUUGGCUGACCCGUGAUGACGGAGGGAGGAAACCGACUGCGCCCAGUUGGAUCCAGCACCGAUGGGUGAUAGAAGGUACUCGGCAGACAUCGGAGUGGUUUUUUUGUGAUGUUACGGCGACAGUGACCGGUGACGCCAAUGCCGUGCCAUUCCCCACGAAUCUUUGGUGGAUGGUACCUUCUUUCACAGAAUUGGUGGGAGUUUCGAUCGCCAGCAGCAACUUGCCCGUUCGUUUGAGGACUGUGUUGGUCUUGACAGCGGCGUGUUCGCGGUGGAAUGAAGACGGAAACAGAUGUGAUCGUUGCCUCGACAGUAUUUCAGGGAGUCAGGAGGAU